AGCGGGUACAGUAGCCAACAGUCCCGUGGGACAGUAGCAUAGCCUACUAUGGAGCAUGCUUUUCUUUUCUGGAAUAUAUAGCCAAAGUAAGUUCGGAUAUUGUCAGACAGUAAUUUCUGUUGGUAGACGUCUGGCUACCUCUCAAACGAGGAUGAUGCAGCAGUAUCUUUGCAAGUGACAUCCAAACCAUGAUACCACCACCGCCGCCGCCGCCACCACCUCCUCCUCCUCCUCCUCCGCCACCCCCUGCCCUCUUCCCUAGUGGAGGCCCGUUUUCCAGAGGGCCGGCACGGGCCUCUAUAAUGCGUAAUUUUAAUUGGGAGGCCAUACCAAAGGACACUGUGCUAGGCAAACAUAACAUAUGGACGGCCGAGAAGAGCAGGGAUUUCGAGUUGGACACCAAAGGUAUGGAGGAGCUGUUCAGCCGCAAUGACCAGAAGAAGGUCCAGGCCACAACCCGCAGCAGUGUACGCCAAUCCCCAAGCAAGGCCCCAGGACCUGAAAUGGUGUCCAUUCUCAACUCCAAGAAGAACAUGAACAUUGGUAUCUUCCUCAAGCAGUUCAGAAGGCCAGUAAGUGAAAUGAUUGACGACAUUAUCAGCGGCAGAGGAGAAAGAUUUGGUACUGGGAAACUGAAGGAGUUGUGCAAACUACUGCCAGAGGAUGGAGAGGUGCGUCAGCUUCUUGAUUUUAAAGGAGACUAUUCAACUUUAUCUGAACCAGAUCGGUUCAUGGUACAACUUGUCAAAGUUCCUUGCUAUGAGGAACGGUUGAACGGUUUAGUACUCAAAGAGGAAUUCUCCCAUUUUGUGGAUGAGGUGAAUCACUCUAUUGCAGUCAUGACCUCUGCUGGACAAGAGCUGUUGGAAUGUGCGGAUCUACAUUCAGUCAUUCGACUAGUCUUGGAAACAGGGAACUACAUGAACUCUGGAGGGUACGCCGGCAGCGCGGUGGGAUUCCGGAUAACGUCUCUUCUCAAACUAGCGGAUACCAAAGCCAACAAGCCUGGAAUGAACCUCAUGCACUAUGUUGUGAUGCAAGCCCAGAAGAUAGAUGCAUCGCUGCUGAAGUUCCCAGAGAAACUACAGAAUAUUGGAGAUGCAGCAAGGAUUCAUAAACAGGAAAUUGAGUCUGAUUUCCAAAAGGAAGUGAGUAAAGUCCAGGUGUCGAAGCAGAAUGCUGGUAAACAUCCAGAUCUGGAAGAACAGAUGAGGGAUUUUCUGCUGAAUGCAGAAACCAGGUUAAAUGAGACCGAGACAGCCUUCAAAACCCUUUCAGCUGUGAGUGAUUCGGUAGCAGAGUAUUUCUGUGAGGACCCCACUCAGUUCAAACUAGAGGAUUGUUGCUCCAUUUUCUACUCUUUCUGUGAGAAGUUCAAACGAGCAGUUCAGGAGAACCUUGAGCGAGACAUGGUGGAUGUGAGGCGCAGGCUGCGAGAGCGCACUCAGAUUGCUGCUAAGCGACGCUCCACCGCCACCUGCUCAUCACGAGACAAAGACAUCGAAGGAGAUGCUCUGGAGUCCAUCCUACAGAGGUUCAACAGUCGGCAAUCCCGCCGUAGAGCUGGGACCGGUUCACCCACGCUGGGGAAUCUGCCUGAGACCCCCUUGAAGAACAACCACCCCGUUGACAACAAAGAGGUUAAGAGGGACAGCUGGAUCAAAAGUGUCAUGCAAUCCUCCUUGAUCAAGGAGAGCUUUGAUAAGGAAGAGACGUCCAAUCACCCAGAGGUUAUAAUCUCAAGCCCGGUGCAGGAAAGUGCCGGUACCAAUUCCUCUCCAGAUCAGCGAGUCUCCGUAUCGACGGAGAAGGAGGAGGAAGAUGCCCAGACCGAGAAAGAAGUGCAGAAUAUGAGAGAGGUGUCACGGAAAGUUUUACAAUACCAGUCCAGUCGAAGUAGUAUUUCAUCCGCCGAGGCCCUGUCGCCGAUCCUGUCUCCCAGGCAGACGUUCUUCCAGGAGGACAGAAGACCGCUGCUGAUCAUGGCCAUAGAAGAAAACGCUUCUAAAUCCAGCCCUCUGCUGCAGAACAGCCAGAUCAUCAAUCGCCGGCACACAAUCGCACUUCCUGAGGCCAAAUGUGAAAGUACCAGCCAAGAGGACCUUUUUGUGCCCUGUAAAGUAGAUGCAUCUCCGGCUCCCUCUAUAGGUGUUAUUGGAAAAGGGAAAUCUGUGGAUUGUAAUAUGCUCACCGCACAACGAAACUCUUUAAAGAUUGAUAAAGAUUCAGAGGCAAAGCCUCUUAAUUCUCUAGAAGAAUCACAAUCAGUUAACUUAUCACAGUCACAAUCAGCCGAGCCAGAAGCAAAGACUGAAGAGACGGUGCCUAGCUUGCAAUUUGGUACUGGCAAAAGAAACAGCCAAACAACAUCAUUUAAAGGCGCUAAAGAGGGCUUCAGCUUUAUGUCUUUAUUUAAGCGCUGGCGUGAAAAAGACAAAUCAAAAGAGCUUGAUUCUGACAGUUGAUUCUGACCCGUGAUAUAAAAAAAAAACCUUGCUGUCUAUUUAUUCAGACUUUCAUGCUGAGUGUCAUCCUGCAUUUAUGGAAAACAAGCUUGGUGCUUUGUCAAUGUUUGCUUGUUAAAACAGCGAAUGGACUUUUAUUUCCACGCCUUCUAUAAAUAACGCACAUGCAAUGGCAUCCAAAAAACACAAUGAAUUUAAAUAUAGCGUUGAGAUCAGUGGAAAAUAAGAUAUUUUAUCUGCAGUGCUCUUUAUGUAACACAAGGGGGCAGUACAUAUGGCAUUACAUUUCCAUGGCGAGACGGAUUCUGUAUCUGCAAAAAUGAACCAUGCACAAUUAUGCAUGA